AUGGUCCUCAAACAAGACACCACUGGUAUUAGCGCAGCUGCUGAGACUCACAUUGUCUCCUAUUCCGCCGAUCUCACCUCUCCCGUCUUCAAAACCUCAGCCCAGCGCGCUGCCAAAAUGGCCACCUACUACCUCCCAACCAUUUCUUUCUUCGCAAAUGGAAACAUUACUCAACUAUCCGAUCCAUCGCUUUACGUGCAACUGAUCUCAGGGCCUCUAGACAGACUUGGAGGCCUUCCUGAAGUGAGAGGACACAGAGUUGAGGCCGUAGGCGAGGACAGUGCAAUUAUAUGGCUUUUAUUGAGGGUGAAUGGGGUGGAGAUAUCUAACGUCUAUUUCUUCAGGAGGACAGAGAAUGGGGCUGAAGGAUUCGAGGGUGGUAUUUUUGAUGGGGAGAUAUGGCUAUUAAAGCAGCUGGCGAAAGAGUAG